AUAUUUUGUUUGUUUCAAAGUACCAAAAGCUUUAGAAAGUCUAGAAGUUCCUUUUAAAAUCCUGGAAACUACUUAUUUAAAUGAUAUUGUUGAUGAUUGCAAUGAGAAUAUUGCCAAGUUGGUUGUUCAAUAUUAUCCAAACAAGGAGGAUUAUAACAAAGAUAAAUUUUUUGAUCAAAAUGAUUGCAUUAAAAAAUUUUUCUCCUUUUUACAAAUAAAAAACAAAAUGGAUGCAUUGCAGAAGGAUGGUAAGCCUAUUUUUUGGGCUUUUGAAACAAGUGCUGCAAUUAAAAUAGGAGAACAAAAAACAAUUUCGAGAUUUCUGAACACUCAACCAAUAAUCAUCGGUAUGGAGACAAAUGAUGUCCAACAAAGAAGCCGGUUUAUUUGGACUAACAUCACUAUACUCAAAGAAAACAUCAAACAAUUAACAACUCAGAAUAUUUAUCUUCAUAAAAUGCCAAAAUCUAUUGGAAGAAGAUCAAAAUUUUAUAAAGAUAACAUAGAUAUGCCUUGGUGUUACACUUCUAUGUAUGCUAUUUUAAGUAGCUUCAUAAGAAAUGACAUCGUAUUUUGAAUGUAUGCAAUGUGUCAUAUUGCUGAUGUUAUUGGCUCAUGRUUUUGUAUCCAAAAUAUUUGAUUUUUUUAUUUCUUGAUCUUGAUUUUAAUUAUGUUUUAACUUUUUUUUUUGAACGCGA